AUGCCGCGGACGCCGGCCUCCAGCGAGGAGGAGGAGGGUCGGGGUUCCGAGUACCCCGAGGGCGACUCGGAUUCGGGGAGCUCCCGCGAGGGUCCCCCCGGUUCCAAUCCCGGCCCCCCCCGUGCCCGAGGGCCCCCCCGCCCCCCCCCGGCUCCCGACGACGCCCACUUCAGCAUGAUGGUGUUCCGCAUCGGCAUCCCCGACCUGCACCAGACGAAGUGCCUCCGCUUCGACCCGGGCGCGGCGGUGUGGGCGGCGAAGCAGCAGCUGCUGUGCGCGCUGACCGAGGGGCUCCACGACGGGCUCAACUACGGGCUCUUCCAGCCCGCCGCCGCCGGCCGCGACGCCAAGUUCCUGGACGAGGAGCGGCCCCUGCGCGACUACCCGCAGAGCUUCGAGCAGGGCGUGCCCUACCUGGAGUUCCGCUACAAGACGCGGGUGUACAAACAGACCAACCUGGACGAGAAGCAGCUGGCCAAGCUGCACACCAAGACGGGGCUGCGGAAGUUCCUGGACUACGUGCAGCACGGCUCGGCAGAGAAGGUCGCCCGGCUGCUGGACCGUGGCCUUGACCCCAACUACCACGACUCCGACUCGGGGGAGACGCCCCUGACGCUGGCGGCGCAGCGGGAGGGCCCGGGGGAGGUGGAGAUCAUCCGCCUGCUCUGCCUGGGGGGCGCCCACCUCGACUUCCGCGCCCGCGACGGGGCCACCGCGCUGCACCGCGCCGUCUGCACCCGCCGCUACCCCGCCCUGCUGGCGCUGCUGGACCUGGGGGGGUCCCCGAACUACAAGGACCGGCGGGGGCUGACGCCCCUGUACCACACGGCCAUGGUGGGGGGCGACCCCCGGUGCUGCGAGCUGCUGCUGGCCCAUCGCGCCCACAUCGGCACCGUGGACGAGAACGGCUGGCAGGAGAUCCACCAGGCGUGCCAGCACGGCCACUCGCAGCACCUCGAGCACCUCCUGUUCUACGGGGCCGAGGCGGCGGCACAGAACGCGUCGGGGAACACGGCCCUGCACAUCUGCGCGCUCUACAACAAGGAGAGCUGCGCCCGCAUCCUGCUCUACCGCGGGGCCAACAAGGAGGUGAAGAACAACAGCGGGCAGACUCCCUUCCAGGUCGCCGUCAUCGCUGGGAACUUCGAGCUGGGGGAGCUGAUCAAGAACCACCGGGACUCGGACGUGGUUCCGUUCCAGGAGAGCCCCCAGUUUGCGGGGCGCCGUCGGGAGGGGGUACGGGGGCUCCCCCUGCCCCCCCAGCGCCUGCUGCGCGCCAACAGCGACACGGGGGGCGCCCUGCCCGAGUGGGUGCUGCGCGGCCCCCCCGGCGCCCCCCCCGCCCCCCGCCCCCCCUCGGGCACCCUGCGCAGCGCCAGCAGCCCCCGCGGCGCCCGCGCCCGCUCCCCUUCCCGAGGGCGGCACCCCGAGGAACCCCGACGGCAGCCGCGGGGGAGACCCAGCUCCAGCGGGCUGGGCCGGGAGCCGGGGGCCGGGGGCACCCUGAGCACCCGCGGGGUGAAGCGGAAGCUCUACUCGGCCGUGCCCGGCCGCACCUUCCUGGCCGUCAGACCCUACCAGGCCCAGGGCGAGGGCGAGCUCUCCCUCAGCAAGGGCGAGCGCAUCAAGGUGCUGAGCGUGGGCGAGGGGGGGUUCUGGGAGGGCCAAGCCCGCGGCCGCGUCGGCUGGUUCCCCUCCGACUGCGUGGAAGAGGUGCCCAGCCGCACCCCCGAGGGCAAGACGGAGAGCCGCAGCGACAAGGCCAAGCGUCUCUUCCGCCAUUACACCGUCGGCUCCUACGACAGCUUCGACGCCCCCAGUGAUUACAUCAUCAAGGAGAAGACGGUUUUGCUGCAGAAAAAGGACAACGAGGGGUUCGGCUUCGUGCUGCGGGGGGCCAAGGCACAGACCCCCAUCGAGGAGUUCACCCCCACCCCGGCCUUCCCGGCCCUGCAGUACCUGGAGUCGGUGGACGAGGGCGGCGUCGCCUGGAGAGCCGGGCUGCGCAUGGGGGACUUCCUCAUCGAGGUGAACGGGCAGAACGUGGUCAAGGUCGGGCACCGCCAGGUCGUUAACAUGAUCCGCCAGGGCGGGAACAGCCUCGUGGUCAAGGUCGUCAUGGUGACGCGGCACCCCGAGGCCCCCGAGGGACCCCGGCGCCGCGCGGCCCCCCCGCAGCCGCGUCGCCUCCCAGCCCCCGCCAUUUCCCUGCGCUCCAAGUCCAUGACGUCAGAGCUGGAGGAGAUGGUCUCUCCCUGGAAGAAGCGGAGUGAGUACGACCCUUCGGCCACCGAGAAGAAGAGGACGGUCUAUCAGAUGGCGCUGAACAAACUGGACGAGAUCCUGGCCGCCGCCCAGCAGAGCAUCAGCGCGGGGGAGGGGCCGGGCCCCCCCCUGCCCCCCCUGGGCAAAACCCGGCCCAAGGGCUUCUUCGGGCCCGAGGCCCCCUUCGAGGGUCACCGCAUGGGGCCGGGGGGCUUCGACCGGCCCUUCCUGCCCCCCGGGCCCCCCCACGGCCUGAUGCUGCGCCAGAAAUCCAUCGGUGCCCCCGAGGAGGACAAACCCUUCCUGGCCCCCCCCAGCGGAAAAUUCAGCCGCAGCCUCUCGGUGCCGGGAUCGGACGACAUCCCCCCUCCCCCCACCACCUCCCCCCCCGAACCCCCUUACAGCACCCCUCCCCCACCCCCUUUAGGUGCCGUCACCCCUCGGGGAGCGGGAAGCGGGGGGGGGGCAGCGGCGGGGGGGGGCCCUUGGCGUUUUUACAAUUUAACCGGCCGAGCCGCCGGCGGGGGGGGAGCUGGGGGGGGUCCCCCAAAACCCCUGCGCCGCAAAGGGCCUUUGGUGAAGCAAACCAAGGUGGAAAAGGGGCGGGGGGGGCGGGGGGGGGGGGUGUGGGGGGGGGGGGGGGGUGGGGGGGGGGACAAAAGCUCCAUCGCCAUCCCCACCAUCGUGGUCAAAGCCCCCUCCACCAGCAGCAGCGGGCGCAGCAGCCGGGGCAGCAGCGUAGAGGCGGAUGGGGGGGUUGGGGGCCCCCCCGAAGGUCCCCAAAUUUCAGGAGGGGUGGGAGGAGGAGGAGAGGAGGAGGAGGAGGGGGGGGGUUCAUCUCCCAUCCUCCCCCCGCCGCCGGCUCACCCCGCUCCCCCCGCUUUAGAUUUCACUUCGCAAUUCGGGGCGGCUUUGGUGGGGGCAGCGAGGAGGGAAUGGGGGGGCUCGGGGGGGGGGGAUGCCAGGCGUCGCUCCGCGCUCUUCCUCUCCACCGAGGAAGAGGAGGAAGGAAGCGGGGGGGUCACGCACCCCUCUCCGCGCCUCCGCCAUUCCAAAAGCAUCGACGAGGGGAUGUUCGCCGGCGACGUUUUCCCGCCGCGGGGGUACAGGGGGGGCAAAAACGCGGGGGGAGGAGGGGGGGGAGGCAGCGCCUUCAGCAGCGUGGCCGCCCCCGCGCACGCCGGCACGGCGCCCGUGCACGCCUCCGCUUCCUCCUUGCACGCUUCCGCUUCGCCCUUGCACGCCUCCGCCUCCUCCUUGCACGCCUCCGCCUUGCACGCCUCCGCCUUGCACGCCUCCUCCUUGCACGCCUCCGCCUUGCACGCCUCCGCUUCGCCCUUGCACGCCUCUGCCUCGUCGCCUUUGCACCCUUCCGCUUCCUCCUUGCACGCCUCCGCCUCGCACGCCGCCGCGGCUCACGCCGUGCCCUUACGGCCCGGUUCGGGUUCCUCGACGGGUUGCAAAGGGUUGGCGGUUUUGCAAACCGCGCCCGCGUCGUCGCAACCGAGCGGGGGGCCCUUGGCGACGUUGCACGGCGGUUUGACGCCUUUGCAAACGCCGGGGCCGAGCGCGGCGACGUUGCAAGGCGGUUUGGUUCCUUUAGCGACGGGAUCGACGCCGUUGCAAUCGGCGAACCUGGCCGCGUUGCAAUCCGGCCUCGCGCCGUUGCAAACGGGGUUGGGGGUUUUGCAACCCGGAGGAGGAGGAGGAGGAGGAGGAGGAGGUGGUGGUGGUGGUGGAGCGGCGACGGUUUUGCAACCGGGCAUGGCGGCGGCGUUGCAAUCGAGCUUGGCGGCGUUGCAACCCGCCGCUUCGUCUUUGCAACCGGGGGUCUCCUCGUUGCAAACCGGGGGGGUUUCGUUGCAAACCGGGGUCUCCUCGUUGCAAGCCGGGGGGGUCUCCCCGUUACAAGCCGGCAUGGCUUCGUUGCAAUCCGGGCCCGGGGGGGCUUUACAAUUAGGGGGUCCCCCCCCGCUUCAACCCCCCCUGACGCCUUUGCAACCCGGUACGGCCACGUUGCAAAAAACCCCGCUUUCCGCUCCCCACCCCAAAAUUCCCCCCCCGGGCAGCCCCCGUCGUACAAGUCGCCCCCAGUCGCCGGCGGAACCUUGGGUGCCCCCGCCUCCCCCUCCUUCCUCGUCCUCCUCAUCCUCGGAAGCUCGCUUGGAGCUGCGGGUGCGUUUCGCCGAAGCGGGGGGGUUGUUGGCGUUACCCCCCCCCGCCCCCUCGGUGGACGGGGACGAGGAGCUGCUGCUGGCCGAACCCCUGCCCCCCCCCCUUGGAAUUCGCCAACAGUUUCGAGGGGCCGGAGGGUCCCCCCGUGGGCGAUUCCACGGCUUCCAGCCUGACGUCCUACGACAGCGAGGUGGCCACCCUCACCCAAGGGACCCCCGAAAAUCGUCGAGGGGUCGGGGGGGUCGGGGGCGUCCCCGAAGGACCCGAAGUCGUCACCGAUUCGGGGAUCGAAGAGGUGGACAGUCGCAGCAGCAGCGAUCACCCCCCCGAAGGGGGAGAGGGACCCCCACCCUACGCACCCUUGGGAGACGCGGGGAACGAGCGCGAGCACGGGGACGCGGGGGACCCCGGGGGGGCAACGGCCGGAGGACGGAGAUUUGGGACGAAGCCGGACGCGGCGGUGGGGGCAUCGCCUGGCCCCGGCCCGGGGUGGAGGGACCCUUCGGGACCCCCGGGAGACACAGGCUCCCCGACGCCGCCGCUCCCCCCGCCCCCCCCUCCAAGCCCCCCGUUUCUCCCGCCCUUUUCCCCCACUGGCCUCCUCCCAAAUCUCCUUUGGGGGGUUCCGGGGGGGACCUGGACGUUCGCCCCCCGCUACGCCGCGCCCCCAGCCCCGCCACCCUGCCCAGCGAACGUCGCGCCAGCCCCGCGCCCCGCCCGGCCUCCUUGCCCACCCUCCCCGCCGCUCCGCUUUACGCCGGAUUUUUGGACCUUCGCGGGGGUCCCUCCGCUUUCGGGGACCUUCCGACCGCUCGUUCUUUAUCGCCCACCCGUCCCCCGCCGCCGGACAAACCUUUCGGUGCCAAACCUUUGGCUUUUUGGAGCAAAUUCGACGUGGCGGAUUGGUUGGAGUACUUGAACUUGGGCGAGCACCGCGCGAGGUUCUUGCACAACGAGAUCGACGGCUCGCACUUGCCCUCGCUCACCAAGGAGGAUUACAUCGACCUGGGCGUCACGCGCGUGGGUCAUCGUAUGAACAUCGACCGGGCCCUCAAACUCUUUUUGGAGAGGUGAUGGUCCCGCUGGGGGGUACCCGAAAAGAUAGGGGGGCACCCAUGGGUGCUACAGCACCAGUGGGUGGGGAGGAGGAAGAGGAGGUUGGGAGGGGAGGGGAAGGGGGGAGCGAG